GCUGCUCGUGUUCUGGUUCCAACGUCUCCAGUAGCUGCGGGUCUUUAGCCCGGUGAUCUACUCCGCAGUGACAUGGGGGGGCCGCCUUCGCAUCCCUGUCAACGUGACCGCGACCCUUCACGCGCAUGUGCUGCUGCCUUUGUGCACAGCGACUCCAUCAACAUGUCCUCCCCCUGCCUCUGCCACCACCAUGGAGUCUGCACACCUCAUCCAGGCCCACGAUCACGCCCGCACCGCCGCGACUGCCACCAGCACCAACAGCGUCGCAACCGCGGGGCAGGAGCAUGACCUCGCCGCGACUGCCUUCCACAAGGCCACCCAAGAUACCCACGAUGCUGAGGCCCUCCGCAUCCUCAGUCUCCUCGAAGACCACCAUCGCAAGCUCGCCGGCCUGAUCAAAGAAGCGCCGCGCAAGGACAAGAAGAAGACGGACGCCACCAAGCAGCCCUCCGACUUGUCCGCCGCCUCUCCCUCGCCAAACACGUCGUCGUCGCGAGCCUCUUCAGCCAACACCUCUUCCCCGACACCUCCGACAUCUCGCCGCAGACUUCCCCAGUCCUCGAUAGCCACCAACCUCGCCGAGAAGCGCGGCAUACCCAGUGCGAAGAGAACCACCAGUGGCGCUUCAGCAAAUUUACCCAGCACCACAACCGGCCGGCCUGAGCAGCCUUCCACGCCUGUGCGCGAUCUACUGGCGCAGCAGUCACGCAAAGCAGAGUCGAGUGCCACCAGAGACUCAGCGAAGCAGCUGAAAGGCGCCUCUCCACAACCUGCGUCCCCGCCCGCAGAGGACAACUUUAGUCGCUUCUAUUCGGCUUUUGGGGGUGUCAUAUCCGCCAUCAGCGCUCCUCUAGCCUUCACUUCCCUUCCCCUCAACCCCUCCACUCCAACGCCUGUGUCUGAGACACCCAGGGAAGAGAAAUCGUCCAAAACCAAGUCCCGAACGCACUCUCCAGAAGCGUCGAGAACCGUCAAAUCCUCUGUACCAGACCUCGCUGCCUUGAUAAGUAAGCCGGCACUUCGCGCCCUGAGAGAGGAUGGCGCACCAGGGCCCAACGAAAGCUUCUACCUGGUGCCAACCUCGAGCGGAGCAGUCACAUACGCCAGCAUCCUUCGCGAUCCCAAUGCGCCAAAUGCACCACCACCAAACACACAGCUCAAUGCCAUCGAUGAAGGAUCAGGCUCACUGAGAGGGAGUUCACACGAAGAGUUUGUCGACGCGAGAGAGAAUGUAGGCCCGCCGUCGCCUACCAAAGCACGCCGUCCCCCUUCUCGCGGCAACUCCAGCACAUCCGUAACGCCUCAGCGCUCCAUACCAGCCGGCAGAGGCUCAGGCCUCAAGACUAUGGAGGAGCUAGCACUGGAGAACGACACCCUGAAAUCAGUCAUCGACAAACAAGCCAAACGCAUCCAAAUGUGGGAACUCAACUCCCAGAACUCCUUCAACGCCCUCGCACAGUCCUUCCGUACUCGAGGACCUGGACGUGGCUCCAGCGAUCCCAAUGCACUCGCCCACGCCCUCGCUUCUCAAGGCAUCAAUCACCUUCCUGCUCUUCCAUCCCCUCCCAUACCAGGCCAGCCCCAACAACAGCCUACUUCCCCCAGUCAGCCUCCGACAUCCACCCCCGACGUCGACGCUGCGAAACGCAUCGCCGACUACGAAGCCACGGUCGCUUCGCUAAACGCGAAGAUCAACGAUUUGAUGAGCGCCAACGAGAAGCUGACCAAGGACAGAGAAAGGGACAAACAGGUGUUGAGCAGAUACAGGGAACAAUGGGAGAAACUAAAGGCGGGCGCGAGAAAGAAGGAGCAGGAAAGACGGGAGAGGAAGGUUCCGGAUGGCAAAGUGGACGAGUCGAUGAAAGAAAGCGAGGCUGGUGGACACGGGGAAGGUGAAGCGGAAGAGGAGUUGGAGGAGGAGCCCGGGUUUGGAAAGGCUUGAUCUUGCACUCUCGAUAAGGUCAAGACGAAGAAGCACAUAUCAAGAUACCCCAUGCUAUUACAGCUAGUCGUAAUAGACUACAAACACUGCAAUCACUUCCCAUUUCGCAAUCGCCUUCGAAUAUGGUCUUGAUUGGGCCCUGCCAUAUCAGAGACACAUCAGCCCUUUAAGCAAGAGAAAUUUCGAUAAAGAUUGCAUUACUACUGAAAUACCCAAGGCCUAGUCGAAAUCCGUCUUUCGACCCGACAUGUCUUCCUUGUCAAUUUAUCCCCCCUGUUCCAAUAACGCCGCUGUAGCCAUUCCGCCAAGAUCCCUAAAACGCAACUAACACAUUGCCAUCAG